ACACGCGGAGCGGCCGGAGCUUUCGGCCUCAGUCAGGCGCUCCGCUCCGUUUCGGUUUCACUUCCGGUGAGGGGCCGCCUCGGAGCGGGCGGUGAGCCGACGGCGAGCGCAGGCGGCGGCGGUGACUGCGGCGCCGCUGCCGGGGGGCGUGCAGCAGCGCGGCGGCAGCGGCGGCUGGGCCUCGAUCGCCCGCAGCCCACCUCUCAGGGGCGGGCUCCCGGAGCGAGCAGGGCGGACGAGAAGAUGGAGGAGCUGGUGGUGGAAGUGCGGGGCUCCAAUGGCGCUUUCUACAAGGCAUUUGUAAAAGAUGUUCAUGAAGAUUCAAUAACAGUGGCAUUUGAAAACAACUGGCAGCCAGAGAGGCAGAUUCCAUUCCAUGAUGUGAGAUUCCCACCACCUGUAGGUUAUAAUAAAGAUAUAAAUGAAAGCGAUGAAGUUGAGGUUUAUUCCAGAGCAAAUGAAAAAGAGCCUUGCUGUUGGUGGUUAGCUAAAGUGAGGAUGAUAAAGGGUGAGUUUUAUGUGAUAGAAUAUGCAGCAUGUGAUGCUACAUACAAUGAAAUUGUCACAAUUGAACGUUUACGAUCAGUUAAUCCCAACAAGCCUGCCACAAAAGAUACUUUCCAUAAAAUCAAACUGGACGUGCCAGAAGACUUACGACAAAUGUGUGCCAAAGAAUCGGCACAUAAGGACUUUAAAAAGGCAGUUGGUGCCUUUUCUGUAACUUAUGAUGCAGAAAACUAUCAGCUUGUCAUUUUGUCUAUCAAUGAAGUCACCUCAAAGCGCGCACACAUGCUGAUUGACAUGCACUUUCGGAGUCUGCGCACUAAGCUGUCUCUGAUACUGAGAAAUGAAGAAGCCAGUAAGCAGCUAGAGAGUUCAAGGCAACUUGCCUCAAGGUUUCACGAACAGUUUAUCGUACGAGAAGAUCUGAUGGGUCUAGCUAUUGGUACUCAUGGUGCUAAUAUUCAGCAAGCUAGAAAGGUACCUGGGGUCACUGCUAUCGAUCUAGAUGAAGAUACCUGCACAUUUCACAUUUAUGGGGAGGAUCAGGAUGCAGUGAAAAAGGCUCGAAGCUUUCUGGAAUUUGCUGAAGAUGUCAUACAAGUUCCAAGGAACUUAGUAGGCAAAGUAAUAGGGAAAAAUGGAAAACUGAUUCAGGAGAUUGUGGACAAGUCAGGAGUUGUGAGGGUGAGAAUUGAAGCUGAAAAUGAGAAAAAUGUUCCACAAGAAGAGGAAAUUAUGCCACCAAAUUCCCUACCUUCCAGUAACUCAAGGGUUGGACCUACUUCUUCAGAAGAAAAAAAGCAUAUAGAUGUAAAGGAAAACAGCACUCAUUUUUCUCAGCCUAACAGCACAAAAGUCCAGAGGGUGUUAGUGGUUUCAUCAAUUGUAGCAGGGGAAUCCCAGAAACCUGAACUCAAGGCUUGGCAGGGUAUGGUACCAUUUGUUUUUGUGGGAACAAAAGACAGCAUCGCUAAUGCCACUGUUCUUCUGGAUUAUCACCUGAACUAUUUAAAGGAAGUAGACCAGUUGCGUUUGGAGAGAUUACAAAUUGAUGAGCAAUUGCGACAGAUUGGAGCUAGUUCUAGACCACCACCAAAUCGUACAGAUAAGGAAAAAGGCUAUGUGACUGAUGAUGGUCAAGGAAUGGGUCGAGGUAGUAGACCUUACAGAAAUAGGGGGCACGGCAGACGCGGUCCUGGAUAUACUUCAGGAACUAAUUCUGAAGCAUCAAAUGCUUCUGAAACAGAAUCUGACCACAGAGAUGAACUCAGUGAUUGGUCAUUAGCUCCAACAGAGGAAGAGAGGGAGAACUUCCUGCGCAGAGGAGACGGGCGACGGCGUGGAGGUGGAGGAAGAGGACAGGGAGGAAGAGGACGUGGAGGUGGCUUCAAAGGAAACGAUGAGCACUCCCGAACAGAUAAUCGUCCACGUAAUCCAAGAGAGGCUAAAGGCAGAACGGCAGAUGGACCCCUCCAGAUCAGAGUUGACUGCAAUAAUGAAAGGAGUGUCCACACUAAAACAUUACAGAAUGCCUCCAGUGAAGGUAACCGCCUGCGCACGGGUAAAGAUCGUAACCAGAAGAAGGAAAAGCCAGACAGCGUGGAUGGUCAGCAACCACUUGUGAACGGAGUGCCGUAAAUGGCAUAAUUCUGGAGUGAUAUUCCCUAUACCAUUUCCGUAAUUCUUAUUCCAUAUUAGAAACUUUGUUAGGCCAAAGACAAAUAGUAGGCAAGGUGGCACAGGGCAUGAAAUGAACACCAAUUCUGUUAAGAAUUUUAUUUUUUUGUCAUAUUGGCCAUAAGCAACAGUUUUCAGAUCUGCACAAAGAAAGAAAGAGAUCUUAAAAUUUUGAAACAUGACUUUUAAGUAAUUAAGUAUACUUAGCACUUCAGGACAGGAUUUUCGUUUGGUUUAUUUUUUAAAUACCAAGCAGUGGUAUUCUUUCUUAAUUUGGACCGUUACCCUGCGUUGGGUGAUAACUCACUGGUACAUUUCAGUUUUUCUGAAUAAAUAGCAUUUAUGGUAAUCAUAUUACACUUCUGUUUUCAGUCUCAUACGGAAGGCCAAUGACAUUUCAUGUCCUGUGUCAGUUUAUGUUUUGGUCCACUUUUCCAGUAUUUUAGUGGACCCUGAGAUGUGUGUGAUGUGACGUUUGUCAUUUUCAUUAGCAAAAAAAAAAGUUGUAUGAUCUGUGCCUUUUUUAUAUCUUGGCAGGUAGGAAUAUUAUAUUUGGAUGCAGAGUUCAGGGAAGAUAAGUUGGAAACACUAAAUGUUAAAAGAUGUAGCAAACCCUGUCAAACAUUAGUACUUUAUAGAAGAAUGCAUGCUUUCCAUAUUUUUUUUUCUUACAUAAACAUCAGGUUAGGCAGUAUAAAGAAUAGGACUUGUUUUUGUUUUUGUUUUGUUGCACUGAAGUUUGACAAAUAGUGUUAUUGAGAGGGAUGUGUAAUUUUUCUAUAUAGACAGGAGAAGAAAUAACUGUCUUUUCAUUUGAGAGAGGCUAAAACAUUUUCAGCUAGGAACAAAUCUUCCUGGUCAAAAGUUAGUAGGAUAUGCCUGCUCUUUGGCCUGAUGACCAGUUUUAAAUUAGAGCUGUUUUUAUUUUGUCCUCCCCAAGUUUUGUGAAGUUUUUCAUAUUUUAAUUUCAAGCUUAUUUGGGGGAGAUAGGAAGGUCAUUUCCAUGUGUGCAUAAUAAUCCUGUGAAGUACAGGUACUUUGUCUAAGAAACAAUGGAAGCAGGUUAAAUGUUUUGUAAACUUUGAAAUAUUAGGUCCAAAUGUAUAAGCAGAAUUGGAAAGCAGACUAGGAUUGGUUAACAAAUGAUACUUUUUUUCUUUAGUUUUUUGACGUGUUGGAUUUUGGGUUUGAGUCUCCUUUUUUUUUUUUUUUUUUUUUUUGAUGAAUGAAAUUUACAGAGGAAAAAAUAUGUGAAGGACCUUCACUCUAAGAUGUUAUAUUUUUCUUAAAAAAUAACUCCAAGUAGGGGUACCACUGAAUCUGUACAGAGCCGUACAAACCGAAGUUCUGCCUCUGAUGUAUUUUGUGAGUUUGUUUCUUUGAAUUUUCAUUUUACGGUUACUUUUCCUUGCAUACAAAUAAGCAUAUAAAAAUGGCAACAAACUGCACAUGAUUUCAAGAAUAUUAAAAAGUCUUUUAAAAGUAUUGCCAAACAUUAAUGUUGAUUUCUAGUUAUUUAUUCUGGGAAUGUAUAGUAUUUGAAAACAGAAAUUGGUACCUUGCACACAUCAUCUGUAAGCUGUUUGGUUUAAAAUACUGUAGAUAAUUAACCAAGGUAGAAUGACCUUGUAAUGUAACUGCUCUUGGGCAAUAUUCUCUGUACAUAUUAGCAACAACAGAUUGGAUUUUAUGUUGACAUUUGUUUGGUUAUAGUGCAAUAUAUUUUGUAUGCAAGCAGUUUCAAUAAAGUUUGAUCUUCCUCUGCUAAAUUGACGUUGAUGCAAUCCUUACAAAUGAUUGCUUUUAAAAUUUUAAGAUAGGAAAAGAAAUCUAUAAAGCGUUCUGUUACAAAAUGUAACUGUAUUACCAUUGGAAAUUUCACAUGUCAUAGGAAGUUAGCCGUUAUCCACCAACUUUCAAGAACUUGAUCUUGUUUAAUAAGGUGAAAAAAGUUGACAAAAUGGUACAAAAGCACAUUGUGCCAUUACAAUAUGCACUAAGUCUCUUUUUUACAAAGGCUGAAUUCAGCAAGGCGCUAACUUGCUUAAAUGUGAAUUACUAACUUCUAAAACUGUAAUUUGAGUCACAUGUUUUCAGACAGAGUUGGAGUUUAUUCAUAUUACAAUAUUUGUGUGCUAAACGUGUAUGUUUUUCAGUUCAAAGUCAUGAUGUUUUUAAAAUCUUAUUAAAGUUUCAAAAAUCUGAAGAUUGUUUAUCUAGAUGU